AUGACCUCUCAGCAGACUGUUAUUCGUGAAGUAGUCAAGGAUAUCUGGACGUUUUCUUGCCCGUUCUCGCGCUUCGGUUUUGUCCCUGUUGGAGGAAGGUCGACCGCAAUCAAGCUAUCCUCUGGCGACGUCUGGGUCCUAGCUUCAACACCUCUAAAUGAUGCGACCAAGUCGAAACUAAGCGAACUCGGUCCCGUGAAGUACAUCGUCAGUGCUGACGCAGUUCACCAUCUGUUCCUCGGCGAAUUUAAGAAAGAGUAUCCCUCGGCUAAGCUGAUUGCUCCAGAGGAGGCCAUCAAGAAGAAGACGGAGGAGGGGCUGACCUUCGACGGUUCCUGGGGAAAGGAUCCAGAAGAUACCACAUACGGAUUUGAACAUGAUGUAUGCCAUCUCUCUGCAUAUUUUUCGGGACAUCAGAACAAGGAGGUCGUCUUUUUCCACCCUUCCUCAAAAACGCUGAUUGAAGCCGACCUUCUCUUCAACCUACCUGCGAAUGAGCAAUAUUCCAAGUCGUCGUCUUCUGGGCGUAUACCGCUGCUAGGAAACAUGAUUCAUCCAUGGCACGGUCUCCACAAGAAGCUCGCUUGGGCGGCGGGGGUCGACAAAGCUGCUAUGAAGAGAGACUGCAAAGCCAUCGCCGAUUGGGAUUUCAAGAGGAUUAUCCCAUGCCAUGGUGAUGUAAUCGAGGAAAGAGGAAAAGAUGCUUUCAUGGAGGCGUUUAAGGCUUUCUUGGACUAA